CAGCAGCAUCACAAAUACAUAUAUAUCCGCAGAUAUUGUGUGUGUGCGACUGGAUUUUGCUGUAUUUUUUAUUUAAGAAUGAAUUAUUAAUAAACAAUUAAUAAAUUAUUAUUAAAUAAAAAACAGUAUAAAACCCCGCCAAUCAAACAUACACACUAUUUAUAAUUAUUAUUUACGUUAAUAUGGAUCCAAAACACUACCAUGCUCAUGAACAGCAGCAGCAGCAACAACAGCAUUUGCUUGAGCAACAAAUGCAUUACCAACAUAUUCAGCAGCAGCAGCUCCAACAGCAACAGCUGCCCAUGCAGGCGGGAUUUGCGCCGCGUCGGCAAUUUGACAACAUGGGCAACUCACCAGCUGCCUUGGCGGCUGCUUCUUUGGCCAAUGGUGGUGUAGUUGGCUGCAGCGACUCGCUGAUGGGUAAGCCGUCAAUGAUGCAGCGACCAAAGAUGAAGAAGGAGAAACAGCUGCAGGCGCUCCAACAGCAGCAGCAGCAACAACAACAGCAACAGCAGCAUCAUCAUCCUCAACAUCUCCCUGAGCUGAGUGGUACGUUGGGCAGCACCGGCACUUUACCAGUUGACGACACGCUCAAGUUUGUUAACGAAACGGAUGCCAAUGGGCUGGCCAUGAAGACACCGGUCAGCAUGCUGCAGGAAAUGUUGAGUCGACUCGGCAUUACGCCGGGCUACGAGCUGGUACAGAUCGAGGGCGCUAUACAUGAGCCGACAUUCCGGUUUCGUGUGUCCUUCAAGGACAAAGAUACACCAUUUACCGCUAUGGGCGCUGGCCGCUCCAAGAAAGAGGCUAAGCAUGCGGCUGCCCAUGCCCUGAUUAACAAGCUGAUUGGCGUCCAGCUGGAAUCUCAGGGAAAUUCAGCAGCAGCAGCAGCCGCUGCAGCGGUUGUUGGCAACUCUCUGGCUGUGGGCAGCGGUGGCGAUGGCAAUGGCAGCAAUGCCAAUACUUCCGGCAGCGGCGACGCUGGCGACAAGAUUGUGGGCAAUCCCAUUGGUUUGCUGCAGGAGAAGUGCAUGCAACGUCGUUGGCCGCCGCCAUCGUAUGAAACGGAGACAGAGGUGGGACUGCCGCAUGAGCGACUAUUUACGAUUGCGUGCACCAUCCUGCAUUAUCGCGAGGUGGGCAAGGGCAAGAGCAAGAAGAUUGCCAAACGGCUGGCCGCCCAUAAGAUGUGGACACGCCUGGAGGAGACGCCCAUCGAUGCUAACCAAAUCAAUGACAGCAUCUGCAACGAACUGGAGGGUGAUCCCCGUAACAUCGAUAGUUAUUAUGGUGAUUUGAAAGAUAUCACUGUGCCAACACUGACCACACAACAUAGUAACAAAGUGUCGCAAUUCCACAAGACAUUGAAAAAUGCUACAGGCAAAAAACUGCUUAAAUUACAGAAGACAUGCCUGAAGAGCUCGAAACUUGACUACGUUAAACUGCUGUCGGAGAUUGCUAUGGAGAAUCAGUUCGAGGUUACCUACGUGGACAUUGAGGAGAGGACGUUUACCAGGCAGUUUCAGUGUCUGGUUCAAUUAUCCACGUUGCCGGUCGGCGUUUGCCUUGGCACAGGGACAACGCCUGCUGAGGCGCAGCGACAUGCAGCUCAGAAUGCCCUUGAGUAUUUGAAGAUUAUGACCAAAAAGUAGGCCAACCAACUAAUUUGCAAAAUCGGAACGCACAUCACGAAGACAGUCUUCGGAGGCUCACGGCAGCAAUUUUCAGCACUGUGUUUAAAAUAUAUAUUAUUUUCAUGUUUUGAUCUUCGUUAACACAUUGAAUUAGCAAAGACAUUAAAUACAUUAAGAAAA